UCAAGUUUGAUCCCUUUUGAAGUCACAUUUGAGGCUCAAUUUAAUCCUUAAGAUUUCCUUUAAGUGGUGAAAGCAGCAACAAAUUAAUUAUGUUCACUGAUAAAAUACUGACAUGCAAUUCCUAUAAUCAAGCUGGACCAGUUUCCUUGUCAAGAAUUUCAGGCAGGCAGAGAAAAUUUCAAAAAACAAUCCAAAAAAUACACCAUGUUCUAAAAUCCAUCUUCCUCAGUCAUCAUAUGUUGUUGUUAAUGGAAAUGAUGACCUGUGGGCGGACCAGCAGCGUCACAUAUACUUGCAUCUACAUCUGGAGUGACAAUUUCAUUGCGCAACACUCCCACCUCCAACUCUUCAUACAACUGUCUCAAACUGGUCAUGCCAAACAGAACGUGGACAUCUUCAUCAUGAGCAAACGACGUCUCCUCAUAUUUUCAUUCUUAUUGCUGUGGGUAUCAGGUCUAACUGAUGGGGGGGAAGUCAAGCAGACCGCCAUGCUGUGGAAAAACCAGGGUGAUAAUGUAUCUAUAGAAUGCAGUCAUACCUAUGGCAGUAGCUAUUACCAGAUGUACUGGUACAGACAGCUGCCUGGAGAACUAAUGAAACAAAUGGUGUUAACUACUGCAAGCUCCAAACCUGACUUUGAACCAGACUUCAGGGAUGAAAAAUUCUCAGUAAUGAAGCCUGAUGCUCUGAGUGGGACACUGAUAGUGAAGAAUUUGGUGCCAGGAGAUCAAGGCUUGUAUUUCUGUGCUGUUAGUAUGCACAGUGAUACAGCCACACUCAACACCCGUACAAAAACCUCACAUCAUGAACUGUAGGGGGAU